GAUAUUUGCCACGGUCACAUGCUCGUAAACAUCUGGACUUGCUCGGGUGGCUGCUUGCCCGCCAACGAUGUUGUCCUCUUCUCUCCUCCGUUGCUCGUCGUCAACGCCCCGCGUCCCAUCUGCACUUCUCGCCCUCGGUCGCACAUAUGCGACUGCACCGACUCCACGCCCUCUACUCGGCCGCUACAACCAUGUCCCUGUAGAGCUUGCUCGCGUCCAGUCUGGGUCUAACGUCAAUCUACGUGACUAUGAACAGCAGAAAGCGUUGAAACGAUUUAGCUAUGAUUUGAAGCUUUCGCCCGAAGGCUUGGUGCUGCCUGCGAAGGGGGAUAAUUUCAUCGGUCCGAACGGAUGCUCACUAAGACCGCCAUUGUCGCCUACAUUCCAGGAGGUCGUGAGAAAUUUCAGGGGUGCGAAUAUCCUGGUGUAUGUGCUCAAAGAAGGCACACCGUUGCCCGACUCGCUCACAAUCCUCCACGAGCAUUCGGACCACUACUCUCUUCAAUGCACAAAGCCCAUGCCGCUCAACGAGCUCAAUGCCGAACUGACGAAGUUUAUUAACCAGCACGGUCGGACGCUUGACAAGGAGCAAUUUGAUGCCGAGUAUCCUUUCACCAUCUAGAGGUCUACUGUGCGUGUCACCUACUGUAGCAUCUACUCCCUGGCCCUCGUAUUUGCCGUGAGCUUGCAAGGGUGUCUAGGCAAAACAAUCACAUCGCUUUCAGUGUUU